AUGCGAGCUCAUUUAACAGCAAAUAAUGAAUUUUAUGAAUUGCUCAAGUUUAUCCAAUUCAUGCUGGGAUCCAUACCAAUUGCUCAUAUUGAUGAUACUUGCAACGCCCACAUAUUCUUGAUGGAACAUAUCAGUGCUCAAAAUCGUUACGUUUGUGCAUCUGAUUCUUUGAGUCUCAAGUCUCUCAAAGAUUUCGUUGCGAACCAUUACGUACAACUCAAGAAUUCUCUCGAGUUGGAUGAAGAUGAUAGUCAUGAGAAAUAUCUGCCUGUUUCUUCGAAGAAAUUGUUGGAUAUGGGUUUCUCUUACAAAUAUCGCUUAGCAGAAGCUUUCAAGGAGACCAUAGAAUGUGUCAUGAAGAAUGGGCUUUUGAAGUUGUAA